CUCUUAGAGUCACGUGAAUCGGUAGGAAUGGCGUUCGUAGUUAGGUCUAGGUCUAUUUAGGGAAAUACAGUUUUUAACAAUGUCAGAACUACUUUUUAAGGUGAUCAUAAUAGGUGAUGCUACCGUAGGAAAAACAAGCUUUGUCAAACGUUAUGUAAAUAACCAUUCAGGACCAGGACGGGAGUAUAAACCAACUGUAGGAGGUAGGUUUUCCCUGAUCACGUCUACAAUUUUUCUGGGAAUUUUUUAUUUUCUUAGACGAGCCGGAUUUAUUAAUUGUCUGUCAAAAACCUCUAUGAUAGCUUUAAACUGAGAUUGUCUUGACCUUCUUUGGUGCGCUAAAAUAAGGACUUAAGUCGGUCAAAGUACAGCAAACAUUUCUAAGUUGUACAUUUGACAUGUCUUGAAUUGAAGAACAAAAAAUUCCCUCACGAAACUUCUUUGAGGUAUUGUGUGCAUUUCGGUGGAGGGGUCAUUUGGUCAUUUCCUGUUAUGCGUUAACUGGAGAGAUGUUGAGUUUCCAGGCUAUUAAUAAUAGAAAGAGUCCGAAUUUUUCGAGUUGAGCUAUUGAUGUCAUGGAAAACGUUUAGUUGGUGGUUGGGGUGGUCUCGCGAUGAUGGCACCACAAUUUUUAUUGGUACCAAGAUGUUUCUGUAUUUGUUUUUCUGUGUUUAUAACCCAUGAUACACAGUGUUUAAAUAUACCAUAAAAAUGCAGUGUUCCUUGUCAUGCGAAGUGGAAGGGGUACCUUUUUGGUCCUAAAUAAAGUAUCUCCACGGAGAACAAGCACUUAUUACACACUUCCGAGUUAAAUCUGUAAUCUCCGCCAAAUAUUUUUGUUAUCUUUUAUGUAUCUUUGUUGCAGUUGAUUUUGCUUUGAAAGUCAUCAAAUAUUCAGAUGAUACUACAAUACGACUUCAGGUGGGUAGUAUUUUUAUAAUUAGCAACAAAUUAUCCAACUGAUAAUUUUUUAAAUAUUUACAAAUUUAACCCUUUAAUUUCUAAGAUUACAUUAGUAAUUCUCCCUACUGUCUGCCAUACAAUUCAUAUGAUAUUAGUUAGGAGAAUUUGGAAUUGGAUCAACCAAUAAUCCCUCAAUUGGUAAUUUUCUUUAUUCUCACUACUUGUCUGCUUGAUAUUAAACUGAUAGUGUAAGGAGAAAUUCUCUCUAGGUCACUAGUGGGACUUAAAGGGUUAAUAAAGAUAGUUUAAAAUAAUUUUGAUUUUUUCUGAUUUUUUCAGACUCACACAAUAGGCCUUGCCAAAAAGGAGGCACUGCUCCUAAUCUAUUUUGUUUUUAAGUACAUUUUGCACUUCAUUUUGCACUUCAUUUUGCUUUAUUCCACACUAAUUUUCCCUUUUUUUUUUGUUUCCAAAAUUUGAAUGAUUCAUGAAUGUGAAUCCUUACAUGGUUAUACAGUUGUGGGAUAUUGCUGGUAAGUUAACAAUUUUUUUCCACAUUUUAACUAGAAGAAAGUGAACUUUUGAGCAGGGGAUAAUUUACUCAACUUUUUACCUCCAAGAUUUAAUUAUCAAUUUCACAUCAUCUGCCAUACUUUUAGCAGUCAGUAAGAGAAGGACCCUUCACCAUCUCACCUCUCACCUCUCACCUCUCACCUCUCACCUCUCACCUCACCUCUCACCUCUCACCUCUCACCUCUCACCUCUCACCUCUCACCUCUCACCUCUCACCUCUCACCUCUCUCCAUAUCCCUUUAUCCCUCCCCCCUAUGAGUUAACCUAUACACCUCACCCCUGCCCUGCCCUGCCCCUUUCUUGAUCUGUCAGUCAUGCAGGUUUUGUAAGGGUCUCCACAUGUAAAAAACAGGUAUCUGUUAACUCUUAUUUGACAUAAACUGUUUACCCUCUACACCCUAACAUCAAUAUGCAUAUUCUCCACACUUUUCUUAAUAUAUUUCUCAAGGUGUAAACAAGGAGAAAAUUUUUCAAAAGUCAAGGGCUCUUUAAUUGUUGAUCAUUUCCUUUAUUCUCCUGACCUUAAUGUGUGAUUCAGGGGUGAUAUUGUAGGGAGAAAUUAGAUGUAAGUCACAAUUAAGGGUCAAAGAGUUGAGAACUAAUUAUUAUUCUGACUUAAUGGACAUCAACAAUUUUCAGGGCAGGAAAGAUUUUCAUCAAUGACAAGAGUCUACUACAAGGGAGCUGCAGCUUGUGUUAUAAUGUUUGAUCUGACCAGUCAACAGACAUUUAAUAGUACAAUAAAAUGGAAGAGAGACCUGGAUAGCAAAUGUACACUUCCUAAUGGAAAGACAAUCCCAUGUAUAUUAGUAGGAAAUAAAGUGAGUUAUAUACCAAUCAACACAAUUGAUUUAGUAAAUAGAUUCCAUUUUGCCACGCAUCUUUUCAGUAAUGUGAUGAGAACAAAGAAGUGGGACACAAGGCACAAGUGACUGGCUUACUAACUAGUGUUAUGCUAGAGUAAUAUCAUGUCAUGUUGCUGUAAGAGGUUAUCCAGUUUUAAUAUUUGUCUUCAUUAGGGCCUGAUGUGAAAACUCAAUAACUGCUCCAUUAUGAUUUAUAGAUAUGGUUAUUCCUGCUUUCAGUUGACAUCUCUUUGGUUAAAUUCUAUAAUUCAAAUUUCACCAUUUUUCUUUUCAUUUAAUCUUCAGAGUGAUUUAUCAAGCACAAGACCCAUUGAGAAAGAAGCAAUUGACAAGUUAUGUAAAGAAAAUGGCUUCUUGGGUUGGACAGAGAUGUCAGUCAAAGAAGAUGUCAAUGUAUCAGAGACAAUGGAGUAAGAAAGAUCUUCCCUUUUUUUUUCUUUUCAUCUUCUAUGUUAAAAUCUUCUUGCCUUCAAUGCAUUUUGGCAUGGAUACUUCCUAGAUAAACCACUCAGCUGAUAUAUGAGUGUUGUCAAUGGGAGGGGAGAGAUGGGGGGUUCUGAUCCUGAUUCAUGGAUGAAUGUUAAGCUUAGAAAAAAUUUAAAUGUUACAUCUAUUUUUGAAAGUAUUUCAUCUCACAACUUUAAAGGGAAAACUUCAAAUCUCACCUCACCUUGCCUUAUUGAAAAAUUAAUGUGCCAGAAAUUAAUAAUUUAUUUAUUUUGGGCUCAAUCGUGCUUCGCCUAAAAAACUUUUGCUACCCUUGCAUGUUUAUUCCAUCAUUAUCUUCUCACUGGAUAAGAGAUUGAUGAUUUGAGGAGAUGUUACAAGUUUUCACUUCAGGUACAGUGUAGUGAAGGGGUCAUGUAACCAUUAAUUUCUACUUGAAUUAUUUUUCCAGAUACUUAUUAGCAGAACUGUUAGACAGCUGUAAAAACAAUGAAGAAAAAGUUGCUCAGAACAACACUAGUACUGAUCAAGGAGGAUUUAUUGAACUCACAAGUCACAGGAUCACUAAAGAAAAUGCCAGCAGAUCAGGAUGUUGUUAAGUUAGCUCAUAAAAAAUAGAAUAACUGAUCAAGAUUUCUGUUUGAUUUUUUAACUGGUUAUAGUGAAUUCAUCCCUCCUUGUACCAUGUGGGAGAAUUUUAUAGAGUGAUAUAUCAAGGGUAGCCUGACUGUAUAUCAAGCAUAUUUUUUCAAAAGUGAAUGAUUAUUUUUUGAGGAAUUGUUGAAGCCACCAUGUCAGAAUUUUAAUAGUAAGAAAUCAUGGAGUGGGUGAAAAAAGUCUACUUGCUAGUGGGGGGUGGGGAGGGUGUACCAGUGAAGGGUAAAGGGGUCCAAACCCUUUCACUCCCACACUGGUUUUUUUUUCACCAGGCCUCCCUCCUUCUGCCCUUUCAUCAUGGGGUCAUGGGAGGGGGUUGAGGAGUGUACUACUGAAGGGUAAUGGGGUCCCAACCCUUCCACUCCCACACUGGUUUUUUUCACCAGGCCUCCCCUCUUCUGCCCUUUUAUGGGGUGGUAGGGUAUAAUGCAUAUGUGUGAUUAUCAUGUAACCAUCUAAAUUAUGUUUUUGUUACAGGAAAAAAGGUAUAGAGGGUGGGAAAUCAUUAAUUUAGUUUUAGGGAAGAGGGUUUUAUAGAAAAUAAAAUUAAUGAUAAUGUAUAUAAUACAGUUUAUAUCAGUGUUUCAGGAAAAGUAGGCAAUAUGCAUCUGUGCAUGUUUACGCAGAGCUUACACUAAUAAUGUUUGCAAUGAUCUUGAUUUGCUAACCAAGCACAGUCGAUCAUACCAACCAUUAAGGAAAUUUUGAGUCGUCACCAGUGCUUUCAAGCAGGCUGUAUUCAAUCUUUCAUUCCAGGCAUAAAAUCAUUUUCCCCUAAAAUUUGUCAAUAGUUUUUAAGAAGUGUCAUUGUUUUGCAUGAUAGUGGUUUUCACUCAGCUUUGUUUUUUGAGUGCUCAUUAAAUACUAUAGCAUGUAAAAUCUACACAGUCUGCUUGCUGAAUACAAUUACAUCACAAGGUUGAUUUUUUUUUAAUUUAAAUGUCUUCUAUUUUAUAAAAAAAUGAUUAAACAUACAAAGUAAAAAAUGAAGAUAUUUAUAUUAUGGAAAAAGAAUUGAACAAAGAAAGUUUAUGCAGCUGAUCAGUCAAUUCAAUGAAGUGAUUUGUAGUUGUUAUAAAAUAAUAAGGAAUUGCCUAAAAAUUUAUUUAAAAAAUUAUAACUUAGGCACAUGCAUACAGAGAUUUUCCACAUACAAUUAAGAUAUUAUUAAACGUCGUUAUACAGUUUUGUCUGGGG